AUUAAAGAUAUUAUUCUAAAAAAAAUGAAAGUUUAAAUCGCAUUAGUUCUUUUAAUAGCAUUAGUCAAUGCUCAGACAGGAGGAUGGAAGAAAGUAAAAUGAAAUAUAAUGAUAGCAAAAUCCAACAGUCUUCUAAGCAACAAACUCAAACAUAAUAAAUGAGGCUUAAGUAGCUGUCUAAAACAAAUAUCAAACAGAACAAUAAGGUUAUGAAUUUGAAUAGGUUGUUUCUGUUGAAACUCAAAUAGUAGCUGGAACAAAUUACAAUAUAGUUUUAUAGUAUGGAAAUGAUGAAGGAUCGAUCUAAUAAUAUGAUGUCAUAAUUUAUUCAGCGUAACUAUUUAUAUGUAUUUUAGACCAUGGAAUGGACAAGACUAGAUCACAAAAUGUGAAUAAAUCAAUGGAUAAUCAGCUUCAUUCUCAGAAACUUAAACCAUCAAUAAUAAUAAUGAAAGUGAAUAAAAAUUGUAAUUGACCAAACCAAGUUCUUUGAGAUUGAAAGUGAGAAAACAAAAUGGAGCAGAUAGCCAUUCAACUGGAACAUGGGAAAAUGUAAAAAAAAAUAACAUAAUUCUUUAUUAGAUUAAUCCAGAAGUGUUUGAGCAAAGCAAUUCCAACAUAAUAAAUUAAGCUAACAUUGUAGUUGCUCAAUAAUACAAUCCAGAAUAAUAAGGAUACGAAUUUGAUGAAGUAUUGGAAGUCUAAACAUAAAUUGUAUCUGGAACAAAUUACAAUAUUAAAUUAUUGUACACUAAUGGAGAAGGAUCAUAUUAAACUUAUGAUGUCUACCUUUACAUUUGGUAUAAGUUAAAUAUAUAUACAAAGUCCUUGGAACCCAUCAGCAAAUUAAUCAAAGGCAACCUUAACAGGAACCUAUUCAAUCUGAGUUAUUCAUCAUUCAUUAAAAAUAUAAAAUUCAAAAUAAUUAAC